CCCGGUUCGCACUCAGCUGAGAGAAGGAACCAAAACAUUGCACAACUUUUGACGAGACGCGUUUAUACAAGGUGAAACUCGGCUGGUUUGUGGGUCUUCAGCCAGGGAGGACGUGAGCUGUAACCUCCAGAACUACUGCUACUCACUCAGGAGACCGAGAAGAGUGUCAAAAUGGGUGUACCUAAAUUUUUUAAGUGGAUCAGCGAGCGGUACCCGUCACUGAGCGAGGUCGUCAAGGACUACCAGAUACCAGACUUCGACAAUUUGUAUUUGGAUAUGAAUGGCAUUAUUCACAUUUGCUCACAUCCAAAUGAUAAUGAUCCUCAUUUCCGUAUGACGGAAGAAAAGAUGUUUCAGGACAUAUUCCAUUACAUUGAGGUCCUUUUUCGGCUUGUUCAGCCUAAAGAAGUUUUCUUCAUGGCAGUUGAUGGUGUCGCACCAAGGGCCAAAAUGAAUCAGCAGAGGAGCCGAAGAUUUCGUUCUGCAAGAGAGGCUGUUGAAAGUGAGAAGAAAGCCAUAGAUCGUGGUGAGGUACUACCUUCAGAGGAACGUUUUGAUUCCAACUGUAUCACACCGGGGACAGAAUUUAUGGUGCGAUUGGAUGCUCAAUUGCAGUAUUUUGUAACAUGCAAGAUAUCACAAGACAAGAUGUGGCAGAACUGCAAAGUCAUCUACUCAGGGCAUCAGACUCCUGGUGAAGGAGAGCACAAGAUUAUGGAAUAUAUCCGUUAUUCCAAGUCCCAACCUAACUACAACCCUAACACGAGGCACUGUCUCUAUGGUCUUGAUGCUGACCUCAUAAUGUUGGGGCUCACGUCUCAUGAGCCUCACUUCUCAUUACUCAGGGAAGAGGUACGUUUUGGUGGGAAGCAGGAUAACAGUAGAACUCCUACGCCAGAAGAAACAACGUUUCACCUCCUUCACCUCAGUCUUAUGAGGGAAUACAUCAACUUAGAGUUUUAUGACUUAUGGGAUUCACUGCCAUUUAAAUACAAUUUGGAAAAUAUUAUUGAUGAUUGGGUGCUCAUGGGAUUCCUUGUUGGAAAUGACUUCAUCCCACACCUUCCACAUCUCCACAUAAAUAAGGAAGCAUUACCAAUUCUGUAUAGGACUUAUAAGGAGGUAAUGCCAACCCUUGAUGGAUACUUGAAUAAUGGAGGCAAGCUCCAUUUAGGCAGGUUUGAGAAGUUUAUGAAGAAACUUGCUGAAUUUGAUUUAGAAAAUUUUAAUGACUUGAAUGCAGACUUAAAGUACUUCAACAGUAAGAGGUCAAAAGAUGACAAAGUCUUCAAGGGCAGACAUCAAAGGGAGAACAAUCUUGAAGCAUUCUUUGGUGACGAUGAAGGAAAUGAAGAAAAUGGCGCUUUUGGUGCCUUAGAAGAAGAUGCACUGGAUAAUGAAGAAAUAAAGAAAAAGUUUGAGAGGCUGGGCAUUCAGCAGGAUCUAAUGUUUGAGGAUGACGAAGAUACAGAUAGUGAGGAGACCAUUUUUGAUGCAGAGUUCCGCCAGCAUAAAAGAGAAUACUACAUGAAUAAGUUGGAAUUUGAACACAUAACUCCACAUGAUUUACGUGAACAAGCAGAGGGUUAUGUCAGAGGAAUACAGUGGAUCCUGAAUUAUUAUUAUAAUGGAGUUUGUUCAUGGUCAUGGUAUUAUCCUCAUCACUAUUGUCCAUAUAUAUCAGAUAUAAAGGACUUUGCCAACACGGAAAUACAUUUUGAAAUGGGAAAACCCUUCCAGCCUUUCGAGCAACUCUUGGCUGUUUUACCUCCUAUUAGUAUGAAGCUUCUUCCUGCUGCCUACCAUGACCUCAUGUUGAGCGAGAACUCUCCUCUCAAGAAAUUCUAUCCAGAAACCUUUAGAACUGAUCUCAAUGGGAAACUUCAGGAUUGGGAAGCUGUAGUUCUUAUUCCCUUCAUUGAUGAGGAGAAACUUCUGAGUGCUAUGAAACCAUGCAAUGAAAGGCUGACCAAAAGGGAAAAAGCCCGCAAUUGCCAUGGUCCAAUGUAUAUAUGCACUUACACACCAGAUAAUCUUGGAGAGUAUAAGGGAGCCAGGCAUCUCACAGAGCUGGGAUUUAUCACCAGCUUUUGGCACGAAUAACAGGGACUGUGUUCUUGGCCCCACCUGUUGGGGAUAACCCAAUGGCAGAAAUGGAAACAAGGAAUAAGUUGAACAUAGGUCUUAACCUGAAGAACAACCGAAGAAAUGAGGAAGUCAUUGGGUAUACACGCAAGAUACAAGAACAAAAUGAGCGUCCUGUUUGGCUGUACUCAGAAAAGGUUAUUGAAGCCAUCAGAGAGUACCAGGAAAAGUUCCCAGAGGUGUUUGAUUACAUGUCACGCAAUUCUGCACAGAGAGACAUCUUCUAUCAAAACGAGAUGUUUUCUGAAAACUUCAAGGAGCGUGUUGCAGAAUUAACCACUUGGCUGAAGAGUGCCGCUUUUGCCAAGGCUGAAAGACAACCAUGUGGGACACAAGCCCUUGGAGAGACAAUAAGUCAGAUGAUCUUGGAAGAGGUUGAUAAAGUAUCCACAAUAAGGGCCAAGGCUGUGAAGAUGCAAGUGCGGCCUCAUCUUCUUUUUAAGCCUAAUCCAUACCAAGGCAGUACUCCCCCCGACCGCAGUGUCACUUAUAAGAUGUUUGAUCGAAUUGUCAAUGUGAGGGAGGGCCAUUCCGUCCCGCUUUGUGCUAAGGGAACCAUUGUUGGAAUCCAGCCGGCCAGCAAGGAAGCAGACAUCAUGUAUGACAUCCUUUUUGAUGAAGCCUUUAAUGGAGGGCUGACUCUCCGUGGCCCUGCUACAGCAAAGAGGUGUUACAGGCUCCACUGGGCAGCAAUGAUAAACAUCUCACAUGGUAGCCGAACUGCAACUACCUCUCAAAAGCCUCCUGAGAACAGAUGGAACCACUCCCUACAGCAGACAUGGAAUCAGUCAAGCAAACCUGGACAUUCACAGUAUCAGCAGAACAGGCAAACAAAUAAGAAUGGACAGUUUUACCAGGAAAGAUGGCAGCAGGAUAGAACUGCAAACAUGCACCAAAACCUCCAGCCUCACCUGUCACAAGGGGCCAAAGGAAGAGGGGCAACCAGUGCAAUGGUGUCUGCAAACUCCCAGUCUCCUCAACCUGGUAAAAACAGUCAGUCCAGUGACCCUAACAGUCCACAACCUCCAGACCCAAACCAGCUGCCCAGCCCCUCAGGCCUGCGAAUGAUCUCUGUUAGCAAUGGAGGGAUGGUACCCAGGCAGGGUGUUAAUCACAGAAAUCAACAGGACAAUACAGUUGAAAUUCACUCUGCAAGCCAGAUGCAGUGUGCUGUUCAUGGCACUUUCUAUUCCCAGUGGAGCAGGAUAGUUAAGCAUGGGAUAAGUAGGGUUCAAGGACGCAAGUAUAUACCCUGCUACCCGUUUGUUCCUCAGGGUCUGUCAGGAUCAAAGGCAUAUCAACUUCUUAUCUUUCUGGAUGUGCAAAGUGCCUUGGAUGAUGGUAUGAAGUUUUAUAAAGUAGGAGAAAAGCAACUUUUUUGCUCAGGAGACAGACAAGGUGUGAUUUCUCCAAAAUAUUUUGAUAAGGUAGUGGACAGGGAGUCAGAGUCCAUUAUUUUCCCACCUAGACCUCCUGUUGGUUUAGAAACCAUAUCAGGUAAGUCACAUUUUCCAAACCAUGGUCAGGGACAAAUUGGCCAUGGAAGAGGCAAGGCUAUGGCAUCACAGCAACCGAAAGGCAUGCAGCUUUACCAGAACAUAUGGUCGCAGCUACAGGGAGCAGAUCAUGGACAAGUUGAUCUUCGGCCAGCUCAGAGUCAGAUGCUUUCACACAUGCUCAACAUUUCUAACAAUGAUAUGCAAAAUGUGUCAUCAAGUGCAGGUGUGAAAAUGAAUGGAUCUGCUUCAGCUUCAGCUUUAAGUACAGGAAGGAAAGAAGUUUCAGUACAUGAUAUAUUUAAGGGAGCUAUGAUGAACAACCACUUAAAGGGAGGACAGAACAAUCCUAAUAUAAUUUCAAUGCUUAGUGCUGCACAUCAGUCAUUUUCUGUAACCCAACAGGAAACCCAGAAUGGGAGAGGAGAUUCCCCUGUCAAGUCUGCAUUUGUGCCUACACAGGUAAUUCGAAAUCAGACCCCUAGAAAGCCUCGACAUGAUCAACAGAAACAGGACAGUAACCUAAAAAGUGCAGUUGCUUCUGAACCUCAAACGGGUCAGAAAGAUGAGAAAAGCAUAAAAGCAGACCCGCCAGUUCCAGUGCCACAAGUGCAAAAGGAUAGUCAGCAACAGAAGGGGCUGGUCACCAAGCCAAAACGUAACAGAUUAGCUGUAAAAUUCAAUCAGCAACCUGAAGAAAAUACAAGUCAUUCAGAUAAUUAGUGGACUGUAGAGCUAAAGGAGCCACAAUUCAAGAAAGAUUAUCUAUGCAAUGAUAUUUCAUAACUGACCAUUUUUCCAGGCCCAGUUGAAAAGUUGCUCUCAUGAUCAAAAGAUUUUUUAUAAUGUAAAAUUUAAGGAAGCAGUGGGAAAAUUGUAUUAGUCAACAUAUUUAAAGAUAAAUGUAAACAAAGUUGUGCUCAGUACGGACAUGAUUUAAUAAAUUAAAAAUAUAUGUAAGAUUAUAAAGUAAUUUGGACUAAAAGCAAAUGUAAAAUACCAAGAAGAUUUUCAAGUUUAUUUCUUUUUUUGUAUCUGGACUUGAAACUUACUUUGUUCCAGAGUCCCAUAGAAAAAAAAAAACUUGGGAUGACUAGAAGGUCUGAGACCCAUAUGAUACAGCCUGAAAUACUCAAACCACAUUUUUUACAUCUUAUGAUGCAGAUUGUGCCAGCAGAGAGUUUUGCACUGUGUGUAGUACUAGUGGAAUGCAGGUCUGUAUUGGGACAACAUGGAGUAAAAUCAGGGUCAAGCUCUGGUAUUUUAUAGAGCAUAUUAAUUUUAUGGAUUAUUAUUUCAUAAUUAUUAUUACUAUUAUUCCUAUUAUUUAUUUUUAUUCAAUUACGUUUUCAAACCAGGGUAUGGUACCAUAGAUUUGUGUGAUAGACAGAUAAAGCAUGUGCACAUUUUCAUUCAUCUAACCAAAUCUACAUCUGUAUGCACAAACAGACACAGGCAAACACACAUGAUUGCAGGCACAUGCACACAUUACAACAUAAAGUCUGUAUAUAUGCACAUAUAUACAACUAUUCAGAUAUACAGACAAUAAUAUAUAUAUAUAUUUAUAUAUAUUAUGUAUCCUGAUAUCAGGAGCAAUAUGGUAGUCAUUAAGACAUGUGAUAAUAAUUUUUUAAGCCAUUCAAAUGUUAAUUAGGUAAUCAUGUAUGGAAUAAUCGUCCUGUGUAUUUAUGCUUUCAUAUUUCUUUCUUUUGUUGAUGGUUGUUGCAGAAAACAAAGAUAUUUAUAUACGGUAAAUGAGCUGGAGAUUUAGUCUUCAUGAUAUGAUUGAUAAUUUUUUUUUUUUUUUUCUAAAUUUACAGAUCAGAUUGUAAACUUUCAUUUUAGAACACUGUCUCAAAAUGUUUGAGAACUUGAGCAACCCCACAAUUUGUUUUUCUCCAGGUUUACAUAGUUGAUGCAUAUGCAUAGAAAGUACAAUCUAAAAAAUAUUAGUACAAAUAUUAAAACAAGUCCUGAUGAAUUUAGAAUUAUGCAGCAAUUUCAUACUGCAAAUUAUUUUAAUUUUAAACAUGAUGUUAUUUAUAUGCUUUUAAAGUCAUUAUUGGAUUAAUAACAUAACUUAUUAAAGACGAAGUUUGAAUUUAUUAAUUUUGUGAAGAAUUAGGCAUGAAAAUAGUAAUUACAUAUAUUUUAUUAUACCCUAAAGGACUAAUACUUGGCCAAUAUUCUUAUUAUUUAGAAUAUUUUUAUGCUUCUGGCUAUUAGUUGUUACUAAAGCUUUGAAAUGGGUAUUGAAUGAGAAAAUCGCUAAAACCUGAAAAGUGUUACAUUUAUCAAAUCUCAUGGACUUUCACAAAUAGUAAAAAUAUGUUGUGUGUUGGACUUGAGUAUACUUUGUUAAUGAUAUUGAAUUUUUAUUGAUGGCUCAUUUUCUAAAAUACAGAUUAUGUUUUUCUUUUUAGCAUAACUAUUCUGUGUUUUGUGAUUUGUAAAAAAAACAAACAAAUAAAAACAAAAUGUAAAAGCAAAUUAAACUGAUUUAUUAAGUAUGGAUUUUAUGAUUAAAGGUUUUGGCAAACUUUUUUG